AUCUAGAUAUAAGUCAUAACUAGCAUUACGUCAGUAUAAAAAAUUGAAACUGUAUUAGAGAACUUGGUCCACUUUCUUUUUUUUCUGUAUGUCCAAGUCCCAGCCGUUGUGUUUAUAGAAGUCAUAGUGUAACGUCGUUUACCGAUUGCACUAGCUAACCACUGUACUAUGGUUGUGGUAUAAAUACGUGCGGGUCUACGCUAACACGAGUUGAGUUUGCAUUCUUCAAAUAUUGAUAUUGUUAAACUAACGACUGCUGCACAAGUUUCUAGAUCAAACCAAACCAGACAGCCAAAGAAAUGUCUGAAACUGUACAAUUUGAAGAGUUUGAAGUAUCACAAGUAACUGGAUUCGCUGCAGAAUUUGCGGACUCCUUACCAGACUACUAUAGUCCAUGGCAGGAACUGGCCUCGCAAACUGUUGACUUGGUGACAGCACAGAAAAUGAGAAGUGAGACAGAAAAGUUGCCCUUGCUAGACCCCAGCCAACUUACAGACUUUAAAGAUCUAAGGCUCGCUCAUCUGCAGCUGGUUAUGAUAACUGCAGGCUAUGCUUGGGAACAGGGUGCUGAACACGUAGCACAGGCAAUACCAGCUAAUGUUGCAAUCCCUCUUUGUGAAAUUUCGGAUAAACUUGGUGUGCAGCCUGGCAUGUCAUACUUCGAUAUCAUAGGCAAUUGGACCAGGAGAGACAAACAUGGCCCGUACAGUAGACAAAACAUCCAACCAAAAUACAUGUUGCCAGGAGGCGAGGAUUAUGUUGGAUUUCUGUCAUUGGCAAUACAGAUGGAAGUUUAUUUUACAAAAUCUUUCCCAGCCAUUCAAUCAAUACUAACUGCCACGAAAGAAAAAGAUGAAGUAUUAGCUCUGUCUGCUUUGAAAGAUUUACAGUCUUGGUUCAAAGAAUACAGUUCAUUGGCUAAAGAAUUUCACAACGUUAUGCAGCCUGACAUCUUUUUUAGAGUGAUAACAUCUUUUCUUCGUGGGUUUAAUGAAACUUGUGGACUUCCAGACGGAAUGCUUUAUGAGGGUGUGACAGACAGACCACGAAGAAUAGUGAUUAACUCUGCUGCAUCUCAGGCAACAGUUUUUCAAAUCAUGGAUACUCUGUUAGGAGUUCAGUAUCCAGAAGAUAAACAGGCAUUUUUUAAGAAGUUGAGAACAUCUUGGUGUGAGAAGCAUAGACAACUAUUUGAGAUGAUUCAGCAAUGGCCAGGCAGUUUAAGAGACUUGGCUGAAAAAAACAGCAAUCCUGAACUGACAUUAGCUUACAAUGCUUUGGUGGAUUCUAUUAAAGAGUUCCGCAGCUACCAUGUCCAGCUUGUUACCAAAUACACAGUUAUUCCCAACAAAAGAUUGAGGAGUGAGUUCAACAUUGAAAGUCCUGACCAUUUCACAUAUUUAAUGCCUUUGUUAAAAGGCAUUAGAGAUGUUUCUGCAACUAGCAAGCUUGAAGUCUGAAUCAAUGUGUACAUUUAAUUCACAAACAUUUUAUUAACCAUUUUAUACCAUAUUUUGUUUGUGUUGCUGUUUCAUUCAUUAAAUUGUAAAUUCUAUCAGUGAACAAGAAUAUACACCUUCUGAUAAUUUCUGUGCUUUAUACUGAAGUAUAGGUUAUGUUUUGUGACAGCCUAUGGUGGUGUAAAAAUGAUAGCCAGAUGUAUUGAUAAAGACUGUAUUUUAUAUACGCACAUAAAGAUGAACUAAUGUAUUGAUGACUAAGGAAAAAUAAGUAAAUGGUUAUUUUUGUAUAUAGUAACUUUUUUGUGUUGUUAAAAUAUAAUUUUAUACAGGAAUUUUAAUAUAUAUAUUUCAUGACCCACAAAGGAGGAUGAUCCUAAAGGAUGAUCCUAAAAAUGUUUCUAUAAUUUUUCCGAAAACUAGUCUAAAAUUGAAAUCACUAAGUUUAUAUUUUUCUUUGGAUAGCCUCAAAUGUCUAUCCAAUGUAAAAAAUAAAUUGUUAAACCCAAGUUACUUAGAUAAUUGAUUGAUAAGAUAAUAAUCACCCUUUUUAUGAUGUAAAUGUUGGCUCUCUUCCCUUUUGGGGAUAAUAAUAAUUUUUUUUUUUGAACAAAACUACAGACCUUUCUUUGAAAGAGAAGGUAAGUGUUUCCUAUUUCUGACUUUGAGUUUGGAAUGGAAUAAGAAGUACUGUAACUAAAUUAAACUGCUUAACAAUGUCAAUGAAUAUGUUUUUUCAAAACAUAAUGUUUAUUGGAAGUUGAAAACAUUUCAUUGUUUGCUUGUCAUCACAGGAAUAUUUACUAUGGAACUAACUUCAAUCAUAAAUUAAAGCUUUUUUGUUAGAAGACAACAUUUGAAAUAUUGCAAAAACAAAACUGAAUGUGUAACAAAAAUAAAUUUGCUAAUGAUAUAUUUAUAAUGAAUGAAUAUAUUAUCCAUCAAAAACUUGUCAAUAAAGAAGUGUUUUUAAAACC